CUCGCCAUCCUUUUUCCCUCCCAACGCAACCAGUCACACAUCCAAAGUCAAAAGUAGUGCGUCUCAAAGCUUCACUUGUAAUUUUCUAAACCCCGGAUUGAAUUGUCAGCCACCGUUUUGGCGUGCAUGUCAGAUGCAGAUGCAUAAUGAACUGAAGUAGCACGUACACUGGGUAGCAGUUUCCGGCUGCGAUAAUGAGGAAGCAGCGUAGCGUAGCAAGGGGAGCAUCCCCAAUCUCGAGGAACACUACUAGACUGCUUGUUGCUUGAGCUUUGCCGACCUUCAGGCCGUGAGCGCGCAGCAAGUGUGGCCAUGCACGGGACAAAGUACCGGAUCACCACCACCUCGCAGCAGCAACAGCUCGGCGCGGAGAUGGGCGGCGGCGCGGACAGCCACGGGCACCGGCCGGCUCGGCCGGCGAUUCGGCACGCCAAGCUGAAGAUGCUCUUCGUCGUCAUCGCCACCAACCUCGUCUCGGUGUACCUCUUCUCCGGCGCGUCGCUGUCGCUCAACAUGCCCGCCUCCGCGCCGAGCAUCCACCUCUGGGACUCCACGGCGCUCCUCCGGGACCUCAACGCCACCCGCGACGCGCUCUCCCUGGCACGCGCGGAGCUGGCCUUCCUCCGGGGGCAGUGCGGGACGUCCUCGCUCCUACUCGAGUCCGUGCUCGCCAAGCUCGGCGCCGUCCACGGCGAUGCGCCGGCGGUACAGGACUUCAAUGGCUGGACCGAGGAGCCCACGGGCGAGCUCAAGAUGGCCAUCGAGCCGCACCGGCUCCCCCUCGGUUACUCUGUCAACUUCGGCACCGACGAGCUCUUCCCGGGCCUCGGCUUCGCGUGCCGCAACUUCCAGGAGGAGCUCACGCAGUACAUGACGUACAACGCCAGCGCCGAGUGCCCCGACGACGAGGCCCUCGCACUGCAGCUCAUGCUCAAGGGGUGCGAGCCGCUGCCUCGCCGGCGAUGCCGGCCGCGAUCCCCGGCGAGGUACGUCGAGCCGAAGCCGCUCCCGGGGAGCCUCUGGUCAAUCCCGGCCGACACGACCGUGAACUGGUCCCCGUACACGUGCAAGAACUACACCUGCCUCGUGGAGCGCGCGCACAGCAGGGGCGGCUCGUACGACUGCAAGGACUGCUUCGACCUGGCGGGCAAGGAGCGGCGGCGGUGGCUGACCGACAACGGCGGCCCCGGAUUCAGCAUCGACAGCGUGCUGCAGUCCAGGCCGCAGGGCACGGUGCGCAUCGGCCUGGACAUCGGCGGCGGGACCGGCACCUUCGCGGCGCGGAUGCGCGAGCGCAACGUGACCGUGGUGACCACGACGCUGGACCUGGACGCGCCCUUCAACCGGUUCGUGGCGUCCCGCGGGCUGGUGCCGCUGCACAUCAGCCUCGUGCAGCGGCUCCCCUUCGCCGACGGCGUGCUGGACAUCGUGCACUCCAUGCACGUGCUCACCAACUCGGUGCCCGCCGCCGUGCUCGAGUUCGCGUUCUUCGAUAUCUACCGGGUGCUCCGCCCCGGCGGCGUCUUCUGGCUGGACCACUUCUUCUGCCUCGGCCCGCAGCUCAACGCCACGUACGUGCCCAUCCUCGACCGUGUCGGCUUCCGCCGGCUCCGGUGGAAGGCCAGCCGGAAGCUCGACCUGGGCGAGGAGAGGAACGAGUGGUACGUCUCGGCGUUGCUCGAGAAGCCCAUGACAUGAUCGCGCCUUGCGUCACGUUUGUUAUUUGUUUCUUGACCGCCUGUUGUGUUUGGGGGGCGCAUAAUUGAUACAUGAAACAGGGUUAAUACCGAAAUGGCAAAUUUGUGGCAAAUUUUACAUGGUUUCUGAAAGAUUCAGAGAAAUAAUCUAGUGGAAUUGUUGGAUAAUAACACUUCCUGCUACGUAGCACGGGUAGCAGCGUAAUUCAUGUCAGACGAUAUUACCAGGAGAACUGCAACAGAUGCAGCACAUGUGAAUGCAUUCUUGUAUUUACUGUUCUGGGACAUAUAUACUGAAGUCUCACCAAAACAGUACAGAACUAUGUAUAGCAUAUUUAGAUA